UCGUUCCCAACCACGUCGGACUUUGACUACUCUGCAGUCGUGUUACUGUCGUAGUGCCAUUCUUUACGUGUGAAAAGCCACCUUCCCCUGCCAAUUGCAAUGUAGAAGAAGGAUUCAAUCACACAAACAAAGGCGGAAAUAGGCAGGAAGACGAUCGAGGCAAGGCUCUUUGUGGCAAGGAGAGCCGCGGAGGAAACCUGUUCUGACCUGGGAUUGUCAUCGAGGUAUCUAUUUGCUCCACCCUUGCUCGAAUCGACUUCGAAUUCCGGGUAGAUCCGCACGGAGGACAUCAGCAUGAACGGGAAGGCCUGUGUUUCCAAGGAGCUCAACGCCAAGCACAGAAAGAUAUUGGAGGGUCUUCUUAAGUUGCAAGAGAACAGAGAAUGUGCUGACUGCAAAGCCAAAGGUCCACGAUGGGCUAGUGUGAAUUUGGGAAUCUUUAUAUGCAUGCAAUGUUCGGGAAUCCACAGAAGUUUGGGAGUACACAUAUCAAAGGUCAGGUCUGCUACCUUGGACACAUGGCUUCCAGAGCAGAUUGCAUUUAUCCAAACGAUGGGCAAUGAAAAAUCAAAUAGCUAUUGGGAGGCAGAACUACCUCCAAAUUAUAAUAGAGUUGGAAUUGAAAACUUCGUUCGUGCAAAAUAUGAAGAUAAGAGAUGGAUACCUAGGAAUGGAGCACGUAGAUCACCUUCAAGACCUGAGAAGGCUUCUGAAUCUUUGCAAAGGCAUGUGAAUGGAGCUGGACAUGGAAUUACCAAUGAUUCAGGCACUGUCAAAGUGGAACAUAGCUCAAAACCACAUCUUUCAAUGAAAAAUGUUCGUUCUAAUUUACCAAGUCAGGUUUACUCUAUACCAAAAGAAGAGCAACCUAUGGCCAAGUCUAAUGUUCAACCUCUGGAUACAACUCCUGCUAGAGUUGAUACUGCAACACCUAAAAUUGAUACUCUGCCUGCACCACCUCCAAAAGCUGACUAUUUGACUGAUCUUUUAAAUAGUCUUUCAGUGGAGAUUCCUAGUGAAAGUGGCUCAGAUUCAUCUUCCAAGGAUGAUAAUUCAUGGGCAGGUUUUCAUUCCGCAGGAGAGACAACUGCUAUCAAGCAAAAGUGUAGCACAAAACCAGUUGAAAACAAGAGACGGCUUGCAUCAGGAAUUGAAGACUUAUAUAAAGAUUUGCCACCUGUAACAGUAUCUUCAGCUUCCGUCAAAACCCAGGGGAACAUGAAGAAUGAUAUUACGCCUGUAUUUGAAAAGCCCAAUAUGGCGUCACCCUAUUCAAUUCAUCAGCAGCAACUUGCUUCUGUUUCCCAGCAGCAGUCCUUUCAAACAGCUGCAAGUAAACCUGUUGGUAUUAAUUCAACAUUGCCUGGAAGAACUAAUAAUCAGACAGUUCUUAAUGGUUAUCUUGCACUUAAUGUGAGUCUCCCAUAUCAAAACUGGCCAAAUCUUGGUUACCAAGGUCCAGGAAUUAUGCCACCAGCUAGUCAUAAGGGUGUGAACAUCUCCGGUCAGCAGGUAGGAAACAAUUGGCUGGGACAUCCUUCAGGGAUCUACAAAGCUUCCCCAACAUCUGGAACAUGGAAUAUGGGAGCAGCUGCACCAAUCAAUGGACUAACCAAAGGUGGAAUGAGUAAGAGCUUUGCUUCGCCUGCAUCAACUUCUGUCGCUCUCAGCCGAUCAGGCAAUGACUAUGAUUUCUCGUCGCUGACGAAGGGAAUGCUCUCCAAACACUAAACUGGCUUUUUCAUGCUCUUAAAGGAAGCAAGUUAUAUACACCUCAUGCUAUUCUACAGUGAUUGAUCCGAUUUGCUGGUUCUGUUCCUUGUAGUCAUUCGAAAUAAAUGUGAACUCCUCUCCUGAGAGAUCCACUCGGUGGUACACUUGAUAAAACCUUAAAUACGAGUUAAAGAGCCUGAUUUGAGUACUUAUCAUCUGUAUAUUUUUUAUGGCAAACAUCAGUGAUCAUGUGGAUCGACUUGGUGAUUUGCAUCAUAUAUAGGGUAAAUACCUCAGUAAAUAGUGUCUACAACUGCAGUCCCUGUAAAUGAAGUAUUUAGUUUCCAUUAUGUCAAUGCUUACAUGAUUUCA